AUGACCGGUGGUAAGAACGCGAGUCCUGCAGUACCACAUGCACCAACUUAUAAUGAACUUUUCACGCUUGUCGAGACCCUUCGACAAGAGGUAGCCGCCAUGGGAGCGUCGAGUAGGGAGGCCUCGAACGCGGAUCAGGCUGAAAGACAAUCGCGUCAACCUGUGAUGGAUUUCCGGGUGUUGCCAGAUCUCGACAAAACCGUCGGUACCUUUGAUGGACAUGAGUCUACCCAUGCGUCGGCCGAUUGGCUAGCCUCCAUCGAAGGGAUCGCCGAUUUAAACUGUUGGCCGUCCGCUUAUCGCGUUCAGUUCGUGCGCGCGAACGUGCAGGGAGCCGCCCGAGAUUGGUUUGUCGGUCGAUUGUUCGUAGAUUGGGCAGAUUUUAAAAGGCAGUUCAGUGCAACGUUCGUCCGUACCGUCCGAAUGUCCGAUCGUUGGGACGCUUUACGUGAGCGAUGCCAGCUGAAGGACGAAUACUGUAUGGAUUAUUUCCAAGCCAAAGUCAGGUUGUGUCGCGACUUACUUCUUUCGUUCAACGAAAUACGGGACCACGUUAUACAAGGAUUGUACUCAAAGGAAGUCGCCAUGUAUGCGAUGAGUAGGACACACCGAUAUGAAAACGAGUUGCUGACGGACCUCUUGGAUUGGGAGAGAAUGCACGCGUUGCGGAACGCCGCAGGACUGGCACAGGUAAAAUCCAAGGAACCUGCCAAAAUUGUUGAGCCUCGACAGUGA